UCUUCCGCGCAUGCGGGGUACCGGUCUUGCUUCCGGGUCUGGCGGUGACAAUUGACAAGUCGGUCGGUCGAUGCUAGCUGAAGGCUUUACUAACAUGUCGAGAGCAGCGUGGAGAGCGCUGAGCACCGCGGCAGACACAGCCGCCGCCGCCGCCGCCGCCGCAAGGCUCUCCGGCAGCCGCUGGGAGAAGCUGAAAAACGGCAAAGCAGGUGUGUGGUGCCGCAGCCUGCUGAGCGAUUACAAAGAGGCGUGCAGGGAGAUGGUUGUCGGUGCCCAGGAGCGUCCGCUGAAAGCCUCAAUGUAUGCAGCAAUGCUGGGGGGGGGCUGGUUCUGCUUCUACUCAAAGCCCGGCCAGUCUGAGUUCAAGGCUGCCCUGGUUGAGUGCUCCAACCAGCUGGGCCUGCUAUCGCCGUGGAUCCGCAGUGCCACCUCUGAUGCACAUGUGCAGAACCUGGUGAAGCUGCAGAGCCAGGGCAGACUGCGCUGCCUCAGCCUCGGCCUCCUGUCUCUAGUUUACAGUGUUGACUACGACUCAGACGCCACCCUAUAUGAAGCCCAGUGCUCCAGCCUGGCUGUGCCGUGGAGGAAGCUCCCUCACAGGGUUCUGGACAUUGGUUUCUGCUGGUGCUGGUGGGUUCUAGAGUCAAAAAUGAAGGACUACGACGUGAACAAGGAGGAGUUCAAGCACCUGCCAGCUGACAUGCAGGGAACUUCUCCUCCCGACCUGCAUGGGGUGCAGAGGAACGAAAGAAUGCACAGACAGUCCUGGUUACCUUUGUCUGUCGGGGACCAGAACAAAUAACCAGGAAGGAGGGGCUGUCACAGAGGCAGUAAGGGGGUGGGGUGGUCUCCUUAUCCAGUUCUGGGAGUUUGGUUGACAUUACUGUCCUCCUCCACCUUCUGCCCCAUUCUGAUCACUCACCGGUCCAUCAUGUUCGCUGAAAAAAACUUCCUGACCGUAGAUGUGUUUUUCAGGGGGAGGGGCUGUUGCUGCUGCUGGUAUACUGUCAGAAAUCCAGCUGGAAACAGCAGCAGCUCAUCCAUGACUGUAGCAUCCAGAAAGCUUCUUGUGGUUUUCAACAGCAGCAUCUGCUGUUGAAGGAAUGUGUUGUCCUUGGAGAGUUUUUAAAUAAAGCUCUGACAACCAUAAGUUAAAAUGAUAGCCCUCCUGAGGUUUAAAUCUAGGAGUGUGUUAGUGAGUCUAUUAGCUGGAGCCACAUGUUGGAAAUCCUUCAUUUUCAUUGUUUUAUUUUUGAAUUUUCCAGAACAAAGUCUCACUAAGCAUAAGGUCGGGUUGGAUAUGUCAAGCUCUCCUUUUGUUUUGUUGGAUAGCUUUAUCCGCUAAUGACUACAAAUAAAAUGAUCUCUCCAGUCUGCUGACUUCUCUAAA